GUUUUCGUUUGCAGAACCUUCUCUGCCGGACUGGCCUUAUUGGUGCUGACGGCCCUGGCCUUCACCCCAGUGUCUUUAGACAAAUUCUGUGACUGAGGUCUUGUUGAAGCCAUUCUGCGGGAGGAAAGGUCAGAAAUCCUGAAGAAGGCGACAUGAAUCCUGAAGAAGGCGACCCACCUCCUGAGGAAGCGGCUCCGCCCUCUGCGGAAGAGGCAGCCCCGCCCCUUUCCGAAGACACGGGCCCACCCCCUUCCGGGGACGAGGCCCCGCCCCUUUCCGAAGACACGGGGCCACCCCCUUCCGGGGACGAGGCCCCGCCUCUUUCUGGAGACGAGGUCCCGCCUUUUUCCGGAGAUGAGGUCCCGCCUUUUUCUGGAGACGAGGUCCCACCCACUUCCGGAGACGAGGCCCGGCUCCUGUCAGACGCGGAGCCCCCUCCCCUUUCGGCAGCCGAGACCCCGUCCAUUCUAGAAGAAACGGUGCCGGGCAAAGACGACCUGCUUCCACCUGAGGACGACCUUCCUUUCAUGAUUGACUACCGGGAUCUCAUCCCUUCCGACGAAGGGCUGUCCCUGUUGGAUGAGCAGCAGCCGGUUGUGAACCGAGUCCGGCCUCGACUCGGGCCGCGCCCGGCUCAGUCAGUACUGUCCGAGGUGCUGUCCCAGUCUUCCCGCCGCUCGUCCAAGUACCGCCGGAGCAUGAGCGGCAUCCCCAGCUUCCAGGAGACGCUGAAGGAAAGACAGGCAAGAUACAGAGACGCACGGGAAAACCGAAAAAUGAAAAUCGAUGCGUGCUACAAAUACAUAUUUGAAAUUCUGUCAGAAAGGCUGGGCCUGGACAUGGCCACCGUUGAAGAGUUGAUUUUGGAUUCUCUGUCUCUGGAAGCAUUCAGUCACUUUUUUCAGAAAGAUGGUUGUAAGACGUUGAAAUUUUUAUACCAGGAAGGUGAUAUACCUGGUCCUGAAGUUGGUCGAACAUUUCCUGGAUUACCCAAAGGGUCAAAAAUGAUGAGACUAUAUGUUGACAGUGCAGCCCCAGAGAAAAUUAAAGGGCUGUGUUUAGUUUUUGUUCGUUGUCACAGUGAUAUUGCUAUAAGUGCUAAAAAUGUUCAUGAGGAAGUGCUGUUUACCCUUCUGGAUGCAUCGAAAGGACUCCUAAAUGGAAUUAGGAGUAUGCUGGCAAACAUAUUUCUACCAGCUAUUAAUGCAACUAGUAAUUGGGGUGCAUUGAACCAAUCCCAACAGGGAGAAUCUGAAAAACAUAUUUUCACUGAAACCAUCAAUAGAUACCUUUCAUUUUUGGAUGGUGCCAGAAUAAGCAUUGAAGGAACAGUGAUGUUAAAAAAGAUAGACAGUGUUGAUUUUUCCAAACUGCAAACCUUUGAAGAAGUGACAGCUGCGGCUGGUAAUUCGGAAAUGGUUCAUCAGCUGGAAGAAGUGCUGAUGAUAUGGUACAAACAGAUUGAACAGGUACUUAUUGAGAGUGAGCAGAUGAGGAAAGAAGCUGAUGAUUCGGGUCCACUCACCGAACUGGAGCACUGGAAACGCAUGUCAGCCAAAUUCAACUACAUAAUUGAGCAGAUUAAAGGACCAAGUUGUAAGGCUGUCAUAAAUGUGCUAAAUGUUGCACACUCCAAACUUUUAAAGAAUUGGCGUGACCUGGAUGCAAGAAUUACCGAUACAGCAAAUGAAUCAAAAGAUAAUGUCAGAUAUUUGUAUACUCUUGAAAAAGUAUGUCAGCCUCUCUAUAACUAUGACCUAGUCUCGAUGGCACAUGGAAUACAAAAUUUGAUUAAUGCCAUCCGAAUGAUUCACAGUGUGUCAAGGUAUUACAAUACCUCAGAGAGAAUGACCUCAUUGUUCAUCAAGGUAACAAAUCAAAUGGUGACAGCAUGUAAAGCAUACAUUACUGAUGGAGGAGUAAACCAUGUAUGGGAUCAGGAGACACCAGUUGUAUUAAAGAAAAUUCAGGAUUGCAUUUUUCUAUUCAAGGAAUAUCAGUCGUCUUUUCACAAAACAAGGAAACAGAUUUUAGAAUCCUCAGGAGAAAAAUCCUUCGAGGUUUCAGAAAUGUACAUAUUUGGAAAAUUUGAGGCUUUCUGUAAAAGACUGGAGAAGAUCACAGAGAUGAUAACUGUUGUGCAAACAUAUUCAGCCUUAACUAAUUCUACAAUAGAAGGAAUAGAUAUUCUGGCAAUCAAAUUCAAAAAUAUUUAUCAAGGGGUUAAGAAAAAACAGUAUGAUAUUCUGGAUCCGAGAAGGACAGAAUUUGACACUGAUUUCUUAGAUUUCAUGACAAAAAUCAGUGGUUUAGAGGUACAAAUACAGGCAUUUAUGAACAGUACUUUUGGAAAAAUACUGUCCUCUCAACAGGCUCUGCAGUUGCUUCAAAGAUUUCAGAAGCUGAACAUUCCUUGUCUUCAAUUAGAAAUCAACCACACGAUUGAACGAAUUCUUCAGUGUUAUGUAGCUGAACUUGAAGCUACUAAGAAGCUUUAUCACUCUCAAAAAGACGAUCCUCCUCUUGCUCGCAACAUGCCCCCAAUAGCAGGCAAAAUUCUCUGGGUGAGGCAGCUUUAUCGCCGGAUAAGUGAGCCCAUCAACUAUUUCUUUAAAAACUCAGAAAUUUUGUCAAGCGUGGAAGGUAAAGCCGUCAUUCGUCAAUAUAACAAAAUUUCCUACGUGUUGGUAGAAUUUGAGGUGAUUUACCACACAGCGUGGAUCAAAGAGAUUUCCCAGAUUCAGUAUGCUUUGCAAGCCACACUUUUUGUGCGACAUCCAGAAACAGGGAAGCUUCUGGUUAAUUUUGAUCCGAAAAUUUUGGAAGUUGUUCGGGAAACUAAGUGCAUGAUAAAAAUGAAGCUGGAUGUACCAGAACAGGCAAAGAAAAUUCUGAAGUUGGAAAAUAAGUUGAAAUCAGACAAACUGUAUUUGCAGGGUCUUCUUCAGUAUUAUGAUGACUUAUGUCAGGAAGUGCCUUCUGUGUUUGUCAAUCUGAUGACCCCUAAAAUGAAAAAGGUGGAAUCCGUGUUGAGGCAAGGGCUCACAAUACUAACAUGGUCAUCUUUAACACUAGAAAGCUUCUUUCACGAAGUUGAAUCAGUUUUGAAUAUGUUCAAUCAACUCUUAAAGAAGGUCAGUGACUUGUGUGAAAUGAACAUCGAUACGGUUCUCAAGGAGAUAGCCAAAACCAUGUUAAUUUCUCUGCCCGAAAGUGGUGCUACCAGAGUAGAAGAUAUGUUGACUCUCAAUGAGACAUACACCAAAGAAUGGGCUGAUAUUCUAAAUCACAAGAGUAAGCAUGUGGAAGAAGCUGUCAGAGAACUUAUAUUAAUAUUUGAGCAGAUUUAUGAAGUUAAGUACACUGGGAAAUCAACAAAACAGUUACCAGAACAGCGGAAACGUGUUGUUUUUGGAAGUGAAACAGAAGAUGGUGAAAACACUGAUUAUGAGGCUAAUAUGGUGAAUGAGGUUGAUACUAAUGAUAAAGAAGAUGAAUUUAAAAAGGAAUGUAAAGAAGUCUUUGCUUUUUUCUCUCAUCAAUUACUGGACAGUCUUCAGAAAGCCACACGGUUAUCCUUGGACACAAUGAAAAGAAGAAUAUUUGUUGCAAGGCAAGGCUACAGGAGACGGUCAGAUGAUAUUAUUUCCUUUAUAAAAACUGAAGUGCAUUUGGCAAUUCCUAAUGUGGUUAUGGUUCCUAGCUUGGAUGACAUUCAACAAGCCAUUAACCGUAUGAUCCAGUUAACCCUGGAGGUCAGCAGAGGAGUGGCUCACUGGGGUCAACAGCACAUUCGUCACAUCAAGUCAGCCAUUACCAGCCCCACCCGCACCACCACUGACUUGACCCAUGCAAGCACUGGCAAACCACUAAAGAAAGAAGAAAGAUCCUUUGAAGAAGUUAUUCCUACAAGGAAGUUGAAGAAUUUUUACCCGGGUGUGGCAGAACACAAGGACAUUUCUAAGUUGGUGCUUCUCCUUUCUUCCUCCGUGAAUUCUCUAAGAAAGGCAGCACAUGAAGCGCUGCAGGACUUUCAAAAAUACAAAAGUCUGUGGACAGAGGACCGUGAUGUGAAAGUGAAGGAGUUUUUGGCUCAAAACCCCUCUCUGACCGAAAUCAGAUCAGAAAUUCUACAUUAUGCUACCUUUGAACAAGAGAUAGAUGAGUUGAAGCCCGUGAUUGUUGUAGGAGCACUUGAGUUACAUACAGAGCCAAUGAAAUUAGCCUUAUCCAUCGAGGCUAAGGCAUGGAAGAUGUUACUGUGUCGAUACUUGAAUGAAGAAUACAAAAAGAAAAUGUUAGACAUGAUCUCAUUUAUCAAUGAAUACUUGAAAAAGUUAUCUAGACCUAUCCGUGAUUUAGAUGAUGUCAGAUUUGCAAUGGAAGCCUUGGCUUGUAUUCGUGAUAAUGAAAUUCAAAUGGACAUGACUUUGGGACCAAUUGAAGAAGCCUAUGCCAUUUUAAACAGAUUUGAAGUUGAGGUAACCAAAGAAGAGUCAGAGGCUGUUGAUACGCUGAGAUACUCUUUCAACAAAUUGCAGAGCAAAGCUGUUUCUGUGCAAGAUGAACUAGUUCAAGUGCAGCCUAAGUUUAAAAGUGAUCUGCUUGAAUCUGUGGAAAUUUUUCGUGAGGAUGUAGCAAACUUUGCUGAAGCAUAUGAAAAGGAAGGACCCAUGGUUCCAAAUAUACCACCUCAAGAAGCUAGCAACAGGCUGCAAAUAUUUCAGGCCAACUUUGAUGAUUUGUGGAGGAAAUUUGUUACAUAUUCAUCUGGUGAACAACUUUUUGGAUUGCCUGUGACUGACUAUGAGAUUUUACAUAAAACUAGAAAGGAACUCAACUUGCUGCAGAAGCUCUAUGGUCUGUAUGACACCGUAAUGGGCAGUAUUAGUGGUUAUUAUGAAAUACUUUGGGGAGAUGUAGACAUUGAAAAAAUUAAUGCAGAACUGCAGGAAUUUCAAAACAGAUGUCGUAAACUUCCCAAAGGACUUAAGGAUUGGCAAGCCUUCCUGGAUCUCAAGAAAAGAAUCGAUGACUUCAGUGAGUCCUGCCCUCUGCUGGAGAUGAUGACCAACAAGGCAAUGAAGCAGAGGCACUGGGAUCGCAUCUCUGAGUUAACUGGAACCCCGUUUGACGUGGAAUCGGAUUCUUUCUGUCUUAGAAAUAUCAUGGAAGCACCGCUCCUUAAAAACAAAGACGACAUUGAGGAUAUUUGCAUAUCUGCUAUUAAGGAGAAGGAUAUUGAAGCCAAGCUGGCUCAGGUGGUUGAAAACUGGACCAACCAAAACUUGAGCUUUGCAGCGUUCAAGGGAAAAGGAGAGCUUCUGCUCAAAGGAACAGAAUCAGGAGAAAUUAUCACUUUGAUGGAGGAUAGUUUAAUGGUCUUAGGUUCCUUACUAAACAACAGAUAUAAUGCUCCAUUUAAAAAAAAUAUCCAGAAUUGGGUAUACAAAUUGUCAACUUCCUCAGAUAUCAUUGAAGAGUGGCUCAUUGUACAGAACCUCUGGGUUUAUCUUGAAGCUGUCUUUGUAGGGGGAGAUAUAGCCAAACAGCUGCCUCAGGAAGCCAAACGUUUUCAGAAUAUUGACAAGUCAUGGAUAAAAAUAAUGCAGCGAGCUCAUGAGAAUCCCAAUGUGAUUAGUUGCUGUGUUGGGGAUGAAACCAUGGGACAGCUUUUGCCUCACUUGCAUGAACAAUUGGAAGUAUGUCAGAAGUCACUCACAGGGUAUUUGGAGAAGAAGCGAUUGCUCUUUCCAAGAUUCUUCUUUGUAUCUGAUCCAGUUCUCUUGGAAAUUCUUGGCCAAGCCAGUGAUUCCCACACCAUUCAGCCACAUCUCCCUGCAGUGUCUGACAACAUAAACGAAGUGACAUUCCAUCCAAAAGACUAUGAUCGCAUGACGGCUGUCAUAUCAAGAGAAGGAGAAAAAAUUAUUUUGGAUAAUUCUGUUAUGGCCAAAGGUCCUGUAGAAAUCUGGCUUCUGGAUUUGUUAAAAAUGCAGAUGUCAUCCUUACAUAAUAUAAUUAGAUCUGCAUUCUAUCAAAUCAGUGAUUCAGGAUUCCAACUCCUGCCUUUCCUCAGUCACUUUCCAGCACAGGUUGGGCUUCUGGGAAUUCAAAUGUUGUGGACGCAUGAUUCAGAAGAAGCUUUAAACAAUGCAAAGGAUGACAGGAAAAUCAUGCAAGUGACCAAUCAGAAAUUUUUGGAUAUUCUAAAUACUCUCAUUAGCCAAACAACGCAUGACCUAAGCAAGUUUGAUAGAGUGAAAUUUGAAACUCUAAUUACCAUCCAUGUGCAUCAGAGAGAUAUUUUUGAUGACUUGGUAAAAAUGCAUAUCAAAUCAGCUACCGAUUUUGAAUGGCUAAAGCAGAGUCGAUUUUAUUUUAAGGAAGAUUUGGAUCAAACUGUGGUAUCUAUUACAGAUGUUGAUUUUAUUUACCAAAAUGAAUUUCUGGGAUGCACCGAUCGUCUUGUUAUCACUCCAUUAACAGAUAGGUGCUACAUCACCCUAGCACAAGCUUUGGGAAUGAACAUGGGUGGUGCUCCAGCAGGACCUGCCGGCACAGGCAAAACAGAAACUACCAAAGAUAUGGGAAGGUGUUUGGGGAAAUAUGUGGUUGUGUUCAACUGCUCAGAUCAAAUGGAUUUCAGAGGCCUGGGAAGGAUCUUUAAAGGUCUUGCACAGUCAGGUUCCUGGGGCUGUUUUGAUGAAUUUAACAGAAUUGAACUGCCUGUCUUAUCAGUGGCGGCCCAACAAAUUUAUAUUGUCUUGACAGCAAGAAAGGAGAGAAAAAAGCAGUUCAUUUUUUCUGAUGGUGAUUGUGUUGAUUUAAAUCCAGAGUUUGGAAUCUUCUUAACCAUGAACCCAGGAUAUGCCGGGCGCCAGGAACUACCAGAAAAUUUAAAAAUCCAGUUUAGAACUGUUGCUAUGAUGGUUCCUGAUAGACAGAUCAUUAUGAGAGUUAAACUUGCAAGCUGUGGGUUUCUUGAAAAUGUUGUCUUGGCUCAGAAGUUCUAUGUUCUUUAUAAACUCUGUGAAGAGCAACUUACCAAACAGGUUCACUAUGACUUUGGGUUGAGAAAUAUUCUGUCUGUGUUGAGGACACUUGGAUCUCAAAAAAGAGCCAGACCAGAAGAUAGUGAAUUAAGCACUGUCAUGAGAGGACUAAGAGAUAUGAACCUGUCCAAAUUGGUUGAUGAAGAUGAACCGCUGUUCCUCAGCUUAAUCAAUGACCUGUUUCCUGGAUUACAAUUGGACAGUAGUACUUACGCAGAACUGCAGGCUGCAGUAGCCAACCAGGUUCAGCUGGAAGGCUUGAUUAACCACCCCCCCUGGAACCUCAAACUCGUUCAGCUAUAUGAAACAUCUCUGGUCCGUCAUGGCUUAAUGACUCUUGGGCCCAGUGGCUCUGGGAAAACAACCGUUAUUACGAUUUUAAUGAAGGCAUUAACAGAAUGCGGAAGACCUCACAGGGAAAUGCGGAUGAAUCCAAAAGCUAUUACUGCCCCUCAGAUGUUUGGCCGGCUGGACACAGCCACCAAUGACUGGACUGACGGGAUUUUUUCUACUCUCUGGAGAAAAACACUGAAGGCUAAAAAAGGUGAAAACAUUUUCCUAGUUUUAGACGGCCCCGUGGAUGCCAUUUGGAUCGAGAACUUAAACUCUGUGUUGGAUGACAAUAAAACGCUCACGUUAGCCAACGGAGAUCGCAUCCCCAUGGCCCCUAGCUGUAAGCUCUUGUUUGAAGUCCACAACAUCGAGAACGCCUCCCCUGCCACGGUGUCCAGGAUGGGCAUGGUUUACAUCAGCAGCUCUGCUCUCACGUGGAGGCCCAUUUUGCAGGCAUGGUUGAAGAAGCGCACGGCACAAGAAGCUACUGUGUUCCUGUCUCUGUAUGACAAAGCAUUUGAAGAUACUUACACGUUUAUGAAGCUGAACCUCAACCCUAAAAUGCAGCUCCUAGAGUGUAACUACAUCAUGCAAUCUCUCAAUCUUCUGGAAGGCUUAAUUCCCUCCAAAGAAGAAGGUGGGGUCUCAUGUGUUGAGCAUCUUCAUAAAUUGUUUGUGUUUGGCCUGAUGUGGAGUUUGGGAGCCCUUCUGGAACUGGAAAACAGAGAAAAGCUUGAAGCCUUUUUACGCCACCAUACGAGCAAGUUAGACUUACCCGAUAUACCUAAAGGCACAAAUCAAACCAUGUAUGAAUUUUAUGUUACUGAUUAUGGUGAUUGGGAGCACUGGAAUAAGAAGCUUCAGCCAUAUUAUUAUCCAACGGACAGUAUUCCAGAAUAUGCAUCCAUUUUGGUUCCAAAUGUUGACAAUGUUAGAACAAGUUUCUUGAUAGACACCAUUGCCAAGCAACAUAAAGCAGUUUUACUCACAGGCGAGCAGGGAACUGCAAAGACUGUAAUGAUUAAGGCUUAUUUAAAAAAGUAUGAUCCUGAAGUACAGCUGUCCAAAUGUCUGAACUUUUCAUCCGCCACGGAACCGAUGAUGUUUCAGCGAACAAUCGAGAGCUAUGUGGAUAAGCGGAUGGGAAGCACGUAUGGGCCACCGGGUGGGAGAAAAAUGACUGUUUUUAUUGAUGACAUUAAUAUGCCUGUGAUCAAUGAAUGGGGAGACCAGAUAACUAAUGAGAUUGUACGGCAGAUGAUGGAAAUGGAAGGCAUGUACAGCCUGGAUAAACCUGGAGACUUCACUACUAUUGUUGAUGUGCAGCUCAUAGCAGCAAUGAUUCACCCAGGAGGGGGUAGAAAUGAUAUUCCACAGCGUUUAAAAAGACAAUUCACUGUGUUCAAUUGCACACUGCCUUCCAAUACUUCAAUAGACAAAAUCUUUGGAGUUAUUGGCUGCGGAUACUUUGAUCCCUGUAGAAAAUUCAGACCUGAAAUAUGUGAGAUGAUUGAGCAUUUAGUCUUGGUGGGCAGAGUGCUGUGGCAAUGGACUAAGGUGAAAAUGCUGCCAACUCCUUCUAAAUUCCAUUAUAUCUUCAAUCUUCGAGAUCUUUCCAGAAUUUGGCAAGGCAUGUUAACCAUAAAAGCUGAAGAGUGCAAUUCAGUCACUACCCUCAUGUCGCUGUUCAAGCACGAAUGCAACAGAGUGAUUGCAGACAGGUUUAUAACUCCUGAAGAUGAGCAGUGGUUUAAUAUACAUCUUGCCCGUGCAGUUGAAGAAAAUAUCAGCUCUGAAGCAGCGUCAUGCAUGCUCCAUGAACCAUAUUUUGUGGAUUUUCUCCGUGACAUGCCCGAGCCAACUGGUGAUGAGCCUGAAGAUACUGUGUUUGAAGUCCCCAAAGUCUAUGAACUGGUACCAUCCUUUGAGUUUCUGUCUGAAAAGCUCCAGUAUUACCAGAGACAGUUCAAUGAAAUCAUCAGAGGAACAUCUCUUGACCUGGUGUUCUUUAAAGAUGCCAUGACUCAUCUUAUUAAGAUCUCACGGAUAAUUCGGACUUCGUGUGGAAAUGCGUUGCUAGUGGGCGUUGGUGGUUCAGGAAAACAAAGUCUUUCAAGAUUGGCCUCUUUUAUAGCUGGAUAUCAAAUAUUCCAGAUAACAUUAACCAGGUCUUACAAUGUGAACAAUCUAACAGACGACUUGAAGUUUUUGUAUUCAGUUGCUGGUGCUGAUGGAAAAGGCAUCACCUUUAUCUUCACCGACAAUGAAAUAAAGGAUGAGGCCUUUCUAGAAUACCUCAACAACUUGCUGUCUUCAGGAGAGAUCUCCAAUUUGUUUGCACGGGAUGAGAUGGACGAAAUCACCCAAGGUCUAAUAUCCGUGAUGAAGAAGGAGCUACCCCGCCACCCACCUACCUUUGACAAUCUGUAUGAGUACUUCAUUUCAAGGUCAAGGAAGAACUUGCAUGUUGUCCUGUGCUUUUCUCCAGUUGGUGAGAAAUUCCGUGCCCGUUCUUUGAAAUUUCCUGGCUUGAUCUCAGGCUGUACUAUGGACUGGUUCAGUCGCUGGCCCAAGGAGGCUCUGAUCGCUGUGGCCUCCUACUUCCUUUCAGAUUAUGACAUCGUCUGUUCUGGAGAAAUUAAAAGACAAGUUGUAGAAACAAUGGGCCUCUUUCAUGACAUGGUUUCAGAGAGUUGUGAAAGCUAUUUCCAAAGAUACCGCCGAAGAGCGCAUGUGACUCCCAAGUCCUAUCUUUCAUUUAUAAAUGGUUACAAAAAUAUUUAUACUGAAAAACUCAAAUAUAUUCAUGAACAAGCUGAGCGUAUGAAUAUUGGUCUUGGUAAGCUCAUGGAGGCCAGCGAAUCUGUGGCUAAACUCUCACAGGACCUUGCAAUAAAGGAGAAGGAACUGGCCGUGGCUUCUGUCAAAGCAGAUGAAGUAUUAGCAGAAGUCACAAUAAGUGCUCAGGCUUCAGCCAAAGUGAAAAAUGAAGUCCAGGAGGUAAAAGACAAAGCCCAAAAAAUAGUGGAUGAAAUUGAUAGCGAGAAAGUGAAAGCUGAAACCAAGCUGGAGGCCGCGAGACCUGCACUGGAAGAAGCGGAGGCAGCGCUGAAUACUAUCAAACCAAAUGAUAUUGCCACAGUCAGGAAACUUGCUAAACCACCGCAUCUUAUUAUGAGAAUCAUGGACUGUGUGCUGUUGCUGUUCCAAAAGAAAAUCGACCCUGUUACUAUGGAUCCAGAGAAACCUUGCUGUAAGCCAUCAUGGGGCGAGUCAUUAAAGUUGAUGAGUGCAACAGGAUUCCUGUUUAGCCUUCAGCAGUUCCCCAAGGACACUAUAAAUGAAGAGACUGUUGAGUUACUACAGCCGUAUUUUAAUAUGGAUGAUUACACUUUCGAAAGUGCAAAAAAAGUCUGUGGGAACGUGGCUGGUCUACUGUCCUGGACACUUGCUAUGGCAACAUUUUAUGGCAUUAAUAGGGAGGUGCUGCCUCUGAAGGCGAACCUGGCCAAGCAGGAAGGCCGGCUGGCAGUUGCUAAUGCUGAAUUAGGGAAGGCACAGGCACUGCUGGAUGAAAAGCAAGCUGAGCUGGAUAAAGUGCAAGCCAAGUUUGAUGGUGCAAUGAAUGAGAAAAUGGAUUUGCUCAAUGAUGCUGACAUGUGCCGGAAAAAGAUGCAGGCGGCUUCCACUCUCAUUGAUGGACUGAGUGGAGAAAAAGUCCGGUGGACCCAGCAAAGUAAAGAAUUUAAAGCUCAGAUUAACAGGCUCGUGGGCGAUAUUCUGCUGUGCACUGGCUUCCUCUCCUACCUCGGGCCUUUCAACCAGAUAUUUAGGAACUAUUUGCUGAAAGAACAAUGGGAGAUCGAAUUGAAAGCAAGGAAAAUUCCUUUCACUGAAAACCUGAAUUUGAUUUCAAUGCUGGUGGAUCCUCCAACCAUUGGUGAGUGGGGACUGCAGGGACUACCUGGAGACGAUCUCUCAAUUCAGAAUGGCAUUAUUGUGACAAAGGCCACCAGGUACCCGCUCCUCAUAGACCCGCAAACUCAAGGCAAAACUUGGAUCAAAUCAAAAGAAAAAGAAAAUGAUUUGCAGGUGACAUCUCUGAAUCACAAAUACUUCCGCACGCACUUAGAGGACAGCCUCUCCUUGGGCCGACCCCUUCUCAUAGAGGACAUUCGUGAGGAGCUGGAUCCAGCCUUGGAUAAUGUAUUGGAAAAGAAUUUCAUUAAAUCAGGCUCCACUUACAAGGUGAAAGUUGGUGAUAAGGAAUGUGAUGUCCUGGAAACAUUUAAACUGUAUAUAACUACAAAGUUACCAAACCCUGCUUUUACGCCUGAGAUCAAUGCUAAAACAUCUGUCAUUGAUUUUACGGUUACUAUGAAAGGCCUUGAGAAUCAGUUACUGAGGAGAGUCAUUCUAACAGAGAAACAGGAGUUGGAGUCUGAGAGGGUUAAGCUUUUGGAGGAUGUGACUUUUAAUAAGCGGAAGAUGAAGGAGCUUGAGGAUAACCUCCUUUACAAGCUGAGUGCUACAAAAGGUUCCUUGGUGGAUGAUGAGUCUCUGAUUGGUGUCCUCCGAACCACCAAGCAGACAGCAGCUGAAGUAAGCGAAAAGCUCCAUGUGGCGGCAGAAACGGAGAUCAAGAUCAACAUGGCUCAGGAGGAGUUCCGGCCGGCAGCCACCCGCGGGAGCAUCCUCUACUUUCUCAUCACUGAAAUGAGCAUGGUCAACAUCAUGUACCAGACAUCACUGGCCCAGUUCUUGAAGUUGUUUGACCAGUCCAUGGCCAGAUCUGAAAAGUCUCCAUUGCCUCAGAAGAGAAUUACAAAUAUUAUUGAGUAUCUGACCUAUGAAGUUUUCACAUACUCGGUCAGAGGUCUGUAUGAAAACCACAAAUUCCUAUUCGUGCUGCUCAUGACCCUGAAGAUUGAUCUCCAGAGAGGCACAGUCAAGCACAAAGAGUUUCAGGCUCUCAUUAAAGGGGGAGCAGCUCUGGAUCUGAAGGCCUGCCCCCCGAAACCAUUCCGCUGGAUCCUCGACAUGACGUGGCUGAAUCUAGUGGAGCUGAGUAAACUGCCACAAUUUGCGGAAAUCAUGAACCAGGUAUCUCGCAAUGAGAAGGGGUGGAAAAACUGGUUUGAUCGAGAUGCUCCAGAGGAAGAAAUUAUCCCUGAUGGAUAUAAUGACUCACUAGACACCUGCCGCAAACUUUUACUCAUCAGGUCUUGGUGCCCAGAUCGUACUGUUUUUCAAGCAAGAAAGUAUAUUGCAGAUUCCUUGGAUGAGAAGUACACAGAACCGGUCAUCUUAAAUCUAGAGAAAACCUGGGAAGAAAGUGACACACGAACACCUCUGAUUUGUUUCCUGUCCAUGGGAUCUGAUCCCACCAUUCAGAUUGAUGCCUUGGCCAAGAAACUGAAGCUAGAAUGUAGAACUAUCUCAAUGGGGCAAGGACAAGAAGUACAUGCUCGAAAGCUGAUUCAGAUGUCAAUGCAGCAGGGUGGUUGGGUAUUGCUGCAAAAUUGUCAUCUUGGCCUGGAAUUCAUGGAAGAAUUACUGGAGACACUAAUCACCACCGAAGCCAAUGACGAUACUUUCCGAGUGUGGAUAACUACUGAGCCUCAUGACCGAUUUCCAAUUACAUUGCUGCAGACAUCUCUCAAAUUCACCAACGAGCCGCCCCAAGGAGUACGUGCAGGAUUGAAAAGAACAUUUGCUGGCAUUAAUCAAGACCUCCUGGACAUCAGUAACUUACCCAUGUGGAAGCCAAUGCUUUAUACGGUUGCGUUUUUACACUCCACCGUGCAGGAACGAAGAAAAUUUGGUCCCUUAGGAUGGAAUAUUCCUUAUGAAUUCAAUUCUGCAGACUUUUCAGCCAGUGUUCAGUUUAUUCAAAAUCACCUUGAUGAAUGUGAUAUUAAAAAGGGUGUAUCAUGGAGUACAGUUAGGUACAUGAUUGGAGAAGUACAAUAUGGAGGCAGAGUGACAGAUGACUUUGAUAAGCGUCUGCUUAAUUGCUUUGCUAGGGUCUGGUUCAGUGAGAAGAUGUUUGAACCAUCAUUUUGUUUUUAUACCGGAUAUAAAAUCCCUGUAUGCAAAACCCUGGACCAGUAUUUUGAUUACAUCCAGUCACUGCCUACCCUAGAUAACCCUGAAGUCUUUGGGCUUCACCCUAAUGCUGAUAUCACCUAUCAGAGUAACACCGCGUCUGCUGUCCUUGAAACAAUCACCAACAUUCAGCCCAAAGAGAGUGGAGGUGGAGUGGGGGAGACGCGCGAAUCCAUCGUUUACAGACUGUCUGAAGACAUGCUCAGCAAACUGCCUCCGGAUUACAUUCCCCACGAGGUGAAAGCUCGUUUGGUAAAGAUGGGACAUCUGAACUCAAUGAACAUAUUUCUUCGACAAGAAAUUGACAGAAUGCAAAAAGUCAUUUCCAUCCUUCGCAGCAGCUUGAGUGAUCUAAAAUUAGCCAUUGAGGGGACCAUCAUUAUGAGCGAGAACCUGCGAGACGCCCUGGACAACAUGUAUGAUGCCCGCAUCCCCCAGCUCUGGAAGAGAGUGUCCUGGGACUCAUCUACCCUGGGCUUCUGGUUCACGGAGCUCUUGGAAAGAAACGCCCAGUUUUCUACUUGGAUAUUUGAAGGGAGGCCUAAUGUGUUUUGGAUGACCGGUUUCUUUAAUCCCCAAGGCUUCCUCACGGCCAUGAGGCAAGAAGUGACUCGUGCUCACAAAGGCUGGGCCCUGGACACCGUGACCAUCCACAAUGAAGUUCUGCGGCAGACCAAGGAGGAGAUCACGUCACCCCCUGCGGAAGGAGUGUACAUCUAUGGGCUCUACAUGGAUGGCGCAGCCUGGGACAGGCGGAACGGGAAGCUCACGGAGUCCACGCCCAAAGUGCUGUUCACACAGCUGCCCGUGUUGCACAUCUUCGCCAUUAACUCCACAGCGCCCAAGGACCCCAAGCUGUACGUGUGCCCCAUCUACAAGAAGCCCAGGCGGACCGACCUGACCUUCAUCACCGUGGUCUAUCUGCGGACCGUACUGUCCCCUGAUCACUGGAUCCUGAGAGGAGUGGCCCUUCUGUGUGACAUCAAGUAAGGUCAUGUCCACGUGCCCAGGGACUGCAGGGGUGGCCUGAGCUGCUGGGACU